GCAGCAGACAUACCUGCUUCUGACACCUCUGUGAUCUUCGUAAGCUCUCAGACCUGACAUCAUGGUGCAUUUUACUGGUGAGGAGAAGGCUGCCAUCACUAAUGUGUGGGGCAAAGUGAAUGUGGAAGAGGCUGGAGGCGAGGCCCUGGGCAGGCUCCUGGUCGUCUACCCCUGGACCCAGAGGUUCUUUGACACUUUUGGCAAUCUGUCCUCUGCCUCGGCCAUAAUGGGUAACCCCAAGGUCAAGGCCCAUGGCAAGAAGGUGCUGACUUCCUUUGGAGAUGCUAUUAAGAACAUGGACAACCUCAAGGGCACCUUUGCUAAGCUGAGUGAGCUGCACUGUGACAAGCUGCACGUGGAUCCUGAGAACUUCAGGCUCCUGGGCAAUGUGCUGGUGAUUAUUCUGGCUUCUCAUUUUGGCAAGGAAUUCACCCCUGAGGUGCAGGCCGCUUGGCAGAAGCUGGUGGCCAAUGUUGCCAAUGCUCUGGCCCACAAGUACCACUGA